AUGGAGCUGCCUUUGGGUUAUUCUAAACAUAAGGAUCUUGCAAAGGGAGGACAACCAGUAUGCAAACUUCACAAGUCCAUCUAUGGUCUUAAACAAGCAUCUCGACAAUGGUUUUCUAAGUUCUCCCAGAUUCUUAUUCUUCAUGGCUUUCAGCAAUCAAAGUCUGAUUACUCUUUAUUUACUAAAGGAUCUGGGAACACAUUUGUUGUCUUGUUGGUAUAUGUUGAUGACAUCAUCAUCACUGGUCCAAACAUCAAUAUAAUUGACUCUUUGAAGGGAUUCUUACACAGCCAGUUUAAACUCAAGGAUCUUGGGGUACUGAAAUACUUCCUUGGUCUUGAAAUAGCCAGGUCUCAUAAUGGGAUUUUCCUCUCUCAACGAAAUUACACACUGCAACUUCUGGAAGAUGCAGGUUUCCUAGGCUGUAAACCAGCUAACUUACCGAUGAAUCCGAAAGCUCGCCUUAAUUCAUUUGAAGGUAAAUUAAUUGAUGAUUCAUCUCAGUACAGAAGAUUAGUUGGACGCCUACUCUACUUGACUAUAUCUCGACCAGACAUAACUUUUGUAGUUCACAAGCUCAGUCAAUUUGUUUCCCAGCCUCGCCAGCUGCACCUUGAUGUUGUCUAUCAUCUCUUAAGGUAUCUUAAGGCUGCUCCAGGUCAAGGGUUAUUAUUCUCUGCUUCUUCUUCCCUGCAACUUCGAGCUUUUGCGGAUGCUGACUGGGGAGCUUGCUUAGAUUCCAGAAAGUCGGUUACAGGCUUUUGUGUGUUCCUUGGGGACUCCUUGAUCUCUUGGAAGGCAAAGAAGCAGCAAACAUUGUCCAGAUCAUCUGCAGAAGCAGAAUACCGGGCAUUGGCUUCCACAGCGAGUGAAAUUGCUUGGAUCCAUCAAUUACUUCGUGAUUUCCAGAUUUCUUCCCCAACUUCGGCACUAAUAUUUUGUGAUAACCAAGCUGCAAUUCACAUAGCUAACAAUCCUAUCUUCCAUGAAAGGACGAAACACAUCGAGAUUGAUUGCCAUUACAUCCGUGAUAAAGUUACUGAAGGCUCCAUCAAACUUUUACCUGUCCGCACCCAGAAUCAGUUAGCAGAUGUUUUUACUAAAGCUUUACCAAGCAACUCUUUGUUUCCUCUACUGUCCAAGAUGGCCGUUACUGAUCUGCGUCGUCCACCUUGA